AUGCAUUUCGAUGUGUAUAUAAUUUUGGCGUUGCGGGUCCUCUGGCUCGGAUACUGGGCCUGCCUCCGCUGCUCGCAGCCGGUCGCCGGCUUCGGCGGCAGAAUCCGCAGCCUUCUUCCGUAUAAUCAUGCUUAUAUCCACGCUUCUCAUCCUUCUAUACAGCGGUGUUGUCGUCAACCGCGUUCUUCCUCUCUGUGCGCCGCCGGGGAGUCAACGGCAGCAGCGCCGCCUAACGACAUAACCGUUGUCAACAGCCAGAGCGACCAUGGUGUUGACGAGCGGCUUAUACACGAUGCGUGCGAGCUAUAUCGGUCAAAGCUAGGCUUUCCGGACUUCAGCGUUGACGUCCUUAUUUUAGAUGCGGAUGACAUGACCGAAGCUAACAUGCGCGCCUUCGGCAAGAACUGCCCUACCGAUAUCAUCUCGAACGCAGCGAAUUCGCAGCACACCCGGAAGCAAUACCACCUCAACCGCUCGCCGCAGCAGGUGGCGGAGUCCCGCCACCUCGGCGAGAUAUUGCUCUGCCCAUCGUAUGUGCUCGCGCAGAUGACAGAGCGCCAGGGGAGCCCCCUGGAAGGCAGCAUGCCAACGCGAGGGCAACCUGGUGACUUCAACGAUCUAAAGCAUCGCGGUGUGGCCGUGCGUAUGCAGGCGAUUUCCGAUCUGAACGAGCGGUUGUGCUAUCUGCUGGCUCAUGGGUUCCUGCACCUGCUAGGGUACGAUCACGUGGCCGAUUCGGACUACGAGGAGAUGCUGGCCGAGGAAGACGCUUUGAUAGAUGCAUUUGUCACGUUCUACCGGUCGCGGAGCGCCGACCAACUCACGCGCUGA